GAAAUUUCAUAUCUCUGUGAUUCUUUCUUUUGUUCCUUUUUCAUAUACAUUAUCCGAGAGAGCUCGCGAAAAUAUUUAAUAGCUCAGUUCCCCUUUCUUCCGCGGAAAAAAAAAGCAAUGGUCCGACGAAAGUCGCAUAAAAUAGCAGCAUCCGGUCGUAUAUCCGUCAUGCGUGUAUUCAUGAAAGAGGGAAAAAAACGUGGCCUCUCGCUCAUGUACGUCACGCACCUUUUCCCCUUCCAACGGUAUUGGGUACCAGGAGAGUAGGCACUUCUCCGGAAUACUCCGGAAUUCUCCGGUAUAUAUCACGUGUACGUACGCUACGAGCACUUUAGUGUUUAUCGGGAGGAAGGGGAGGAAAGGCCCGAAUACGUGGUACGCUUCUCUUGGGUCCAGUGCGUCGCGUGAUUUCGCGGUGAGAGGAUUGUGGCCGAGUCGACCGCAAGAAAGAGCACAAGAAGAGAGAUUUCCUCGGCAGGUCGCCGCCACUGCACGCACGUACACACAUCAUCUGUACCAUCGCCGCGAUCGAUACCGUCUCACUCUUUCGUCCCGCCUAAGAUCAAACGACGCGAUCUUGAACACCGACGAGAGACCUCCGGCUUUCGGCAUGGCUCCGGCAAUCAAGAUCCUCAUCUUGGCCUGCACUCUGCUCGCUACAGCGAUGGCUACCGAAUCGGAUAGCGAGGGGCAGCAAUCUGGCAGAUCGCGAGUUUCUGAUGAACAACUGAACGUGGCCCUGAGCGACAAACGUUACUUGAACAGACAGCUUAAGUGCGCCCUGGGAGAGGCGCCGUGCGAUCCCGUCGGACGACGUUUAAAAAGUUUAGUGCCGCUGGUUCUGAGAGGCUCCUGCCCGCAGUGCAGUCCCGAAGAGACACGUCAGAUCAAGAAGGUCCUUUCUCACAUUCAGCGAUCCUUCCCGAAGGAGUGGAACAGGAUAGUGCAACAAUACGCCGGAGUUCUGUAAACGAGAUACGAUAUAAGCGCGCCAGCCACGAGGCUGGAUGUACUAAAUAUAGUGAGAAAGGAUACAAUGAAUCAUCUAUGGGAACACCGUCGAUCACAUUCAUUUAUUUAAUAUUGUUAUCGAAUAUUGUUAUCGCACAAGAAAAAUAUAGCUCGCGCGAUCG